UUGCAAGCAUUGCCCAUGUAAUUGGGCAUGUGGAAAACCACAACUACUCAAGCAUCAUUUGGCUCGUAAAUGUCCAAAUGUUUUACAAGAAAUUAAAGAUAUUUGGCAGAAUAAUUUAGCAGUGAAGAAAAAGUCUGUAAAAAGACAACGUAGAACAAAGAUGUUAGAUAAUUCUAAUUUAGAA